AUGAGAUGUGUCGACUCAACAGGCACAUGUGCACCCGUGGUGCUGAAGGAACAGCUCAGUGUGCCCCGUCGCAAUGAAACAGCCCUCAGUCCUCAAAGUUUGCGGCUCGCUUCAUUCGCUCUGACCAUGAAGAGACAAAACAUCAGGACCCUCGUCUUAAUCAUCUGCACUUUCACUUAUUUGCUCGUCGGGGCGGCUGUUUUUGACGCUUUAGAGUCUAAGAUGGAGAUCACCCAAAAGAAGAUCCUGGACGAUCGGAAGCGAGAGCUAAUGGACAAGUACAACUUGAGCAAAGUGAAUUUCGACGAGCUGGAGCGGGUCGUGCUGCAGCUGAAGCCGCACAAGGCUGGGGUCCAGUGGAGGUUCGCCGGCUCCUUUUACUUCGCCAUCACGGUCAUUACCACCAUAGGUUAUGGCCAUGCGGCUCCAGGUACAGAUGCUGGAAAGGCGUUCUGCAUGUUUUAUGCAGUGCUUGGAAUCCCUCUGACGCUGGUGAUGUUCCAAAGCCUCGGUGAGAGGAUGAACACUUUCGUGAAGUACAUGCUGAAGCGCAUCAAAAAGUGCUGCGGGAUGCGCAUCACGGAAGUCUCCAUGGAGAACAUGGUGACCGUGGGCUUCUUCUCCUGCAUGGGAACGCUCUGCAUCGGCGCAGCAGCUUUCUCCCACUAUGAGGACUGGAGUUUCUUUCAGUCCUAUUACUAUUGUUUCAUAACGCUCACCACCAUCGGGUUCGGGGACUUUGUGGCCCUGCAGAAGAACAAAGCUUUGCAGAGAAAGCCCCUCUAUGUGGCGUUCAGCUUCAUGUACAUCCUAGUGGGGCUGACGGUCAUCGGGGCCUUUCUCAAUCUGGUGGUCCUUCGUUUCUUGACCAUGAACAGCGAGGACGAGCGGCGGGAUGCCGAGGAGAGGGCUUCCCUGGCGGGGAACCGCAGUAGCAUGAUCAUCCACAUCCAGGAGGACACGCUGCAGAGGAGUCGACGGAGACGAGAACAGCAGCAGCAGCGUUACAGAUCCGAGGUCACAGAUCUCCAAUCCGUUUGCUCCUGUAUGCACUACCAUUCGCACGAGUUCGGGAGCUCGGUGGGCCUCGGGUUGGGAAUGGGAGGAGGAGGAAGCGGUGUUGGCGGCGCAUUUCCGCAUCAGAACUCGUUCGGCUCCCAGUUGAGCCCUCAUCAGUACCAUCACUACCACUCGACGGUGUCCUACCGCAUAGAGGAGAUCUCGCCGAGCACGCUAAAAAACAGCUUUCUUCCCUCCCCCAUCAGCUCCGUCUCGCCCGGGCUGCACAGCUUCACAGAAAACCUUCGGCUCAUGAGACGACGCAAGUCCAUCUGA